ACAGAGUUGCUACAGCGAGCGCGGAUAUCCCAAAGGAUCUAACUGAUGGGAAUCAAACUCUGAAGACAAAAGAGAGCGGAUCGAGGAGAAAACAAUUAAGGGAUGACAUAGCCAAAGAAAUGAGGAUCCUCCAGCCAAAGACACAUGUAAAAAUCUUGAGCGUCAACCACCACAACUAAGACAAGGGACUUAUCCCAACCUUAACCAAAGUACUUUUAUGCCAAAGCAACUCAAACCAAACCAAACACGUAGGAAGACAUCGCCUGAAAGUAUACGGCAUAACGUCAACAUGAAGCUGGAUAAAGCACCAGGAGACAUGAGCGGGUGGAGGGAGGUGGACUUCGCCCUCAACUGCACCUACAUUGUGCCAGACCAGGUGUCGGACCCCAGUUUCAGUUUGCCCAAAGCCAUGACCUCCAUUCCACGCAACCUCACAUUCGACUACGGCACAGACAAUGAGGUGAAUGGCGUGUUCAGCAAAGAGUACAUCCCUCAGGGAACACGCUUUGGCCCCCUGCAAGGAGAUAUCUACACCAAAGACAAUGUGCCCACCCAGGCCAACAGAAAAUACUUCUGGAGGAUUUACAGUGGGGGCCAUCUUCAGAACUUCCUUGACGGCUAUGACGUCCACAGGAGCAACUGGAUGCGUUACGUCAACCCGGCCCGCUCUCUGGCCGAGCAGAACCUGGUGGCAUGCCAGAACGGCCGGGACAUCUAUUUCUACACCAUCCGACCGGUGGAGCCCAAGCAGGAGCUGCUGGUGUGGUACAGCCAGGAGUUCGCCCAGAGGCUCUGCAGCCAACAGGACGACAUCAAACAGAAAUACAUGAGUGCUGACGAAGAGCAAGAGGCAGAGUACACCAAGCACCUACCUCAGAAGACGUGGCUCCAAGAACGGACAAUGGAUGCAGUGAAAGAGGAGAGGGAGGAAGAGGGGGAGGAGAAGAUCGACGUGGAGAUGCUAGAGAGAGACACGCCGCCCGACACACCGGACGAGCUCAUCGUGGACUUCAGCAAAAAGGUUGAGAAGGAGGAACGGGCUGACAUGGAUCCACAGGAGCGGAGGAUCAUUUUCUCCUCGCAGACUGAACACAGAGAACACAACCUGGGCUUAAAUCACGCAUACUUACCAGAGCACAACCCUGUGCUGCCAUCGCCUCACCGAAAUCUCCCACUUCAUCUCCACGGCCUCUACGGGCACAGAGAGGGUCUGGUGUCAUCCUACCCUCUUUACCACCAUUCCAGACCCGUCCAACCUCCAUACCAGCUUCUCCCCCCAUAUGGAUCACACUAUCCACGCCUCCACCUCCCGUCAUACUCCCCUCCCUUCCCUGGUAUGCUGCCUUCAAGAGGAACCCUCCGAUACAGCAGAUACCUGGGCACAGAUGGGCUCCCAUACCCCCCAAUCGGUUCACCGAAUGUUCUCCCGGUGUCCCUCCCGUACCCUCCAUCUCCACAGGGAAGCCUGAAAGAACUAACGCCUAACGUGUCUCCACCACGUGGUGCACCAGCCACUCCAGAGCUCUCCCCUCUCCCAAAACUCAGCAACCAGCAUGAGCUUCCUGAGCAGUCUCCCUCCACCUGCGACGAGGCCAUGAACCUGAGCCUGACAACAACCAAAAGCAACACGGCAUCACGCCACGGCCCCGGCCACAAAUCUCUCCCCUACCCACUGAAGAAGCAGAAUGGAAAGAUCAAGUACGAAUGUAAUAUCUGCAUGAAGACUUUCGGACAGCUGUCAAAUCUCAAGGUCCAUCUCCGAGUGCAUAGUGGGGAGAGACCAUUCCAGUGUAACUUGUGCAAAAAGAGCUUCACUCAGCUGGCCCACCUCCAGAAGCAUCACCUGGUCCACACAGGAGAGAAGCCACACGAAUGUCAGGUGUGUCACAAACGCUUCAGCAGCACCAGCAACUUGAAAACACACCUGCGCCUCCACUCCGGAGAGAAACCCUACCAGUGCAAGCUGUGCGGCACCAAGUUCACUCAGUACAUCCACCUCAAGCUACACCGCCGCCUCCACAGCAGCCAUGACUGCCCCUACCGCUGCCAGCUGUGCGCCCAGGCCUUCUUCCACCGCUUCUCCCUACGCAUCCACCAGAGCAGCUGCUGCCCGGCAAACUUCAACGCUCCCGCCAAAGUGCACAUGAAAGAGAUGGUGGAGCAGUUUGACGCAAGCCAAGAGGCCGACACACUCGCGGAGACGGCGACCGCGCCGCAGGUGGAGGCGGCCGUCGAGGGCUGGUUGGCCCGUACCUUAGAGGGAGAGGGGAAGGAGGACCAGAGGGAGGCCACCCUGCUGAUGAAAGCUCUGACAGCUGCUAUUAAUGCACCAGCAAAACCCACGGCCCACACCAUACUACCUGCAUCCCACCACAGCCCUUCACUGGCCUAUCAGGAGAGGGCCAGUGUUGUUCACCUGCAUAGACGGCCAACAGCAAAGGCCGAAGGACAGUGAAAAAUAUACAGACAGAACAUACAGCAUAUCAUCAGCAAAGAAAAUAGAUGUCGCCAAAAAAAACUCCCAGUUUUGUUCAUUUAGGGGCAUAACAGGGAAUAAACCCACCAAAAGAAGAGCGAUCCAAAGACUGGGCAAGGGUGUUCAUGAUUGUACUUCCUCCUCAAACUCAGUUGAAAUGAUUAAAAGAGGAAGGCAGUGUUAAACUGUGAAGUAUUUGAAAAACUCUUUUCACUCAGGUAGAGAAGUGUUUGCUUUUUGUGCUUUAACUUAUUACCUUUUUUAUUUGAAAUUUAAGUAAUCUCUAUUUAUUUAGUUUUACCGUAGUUUGUUUUUGCUGGUAGUGUUUUUUUUUCUAUGUUGACAAGACCAAGGAGAUUGGAUCUCCGAGGAAAACGGACUCAGGAACAAUGCCGUAAACCUAAGUCUUUACUUAGUAUAAUGUAAUGUGUAAUAUUUUACUUUGUGUCAAGCCUCUGGAUAUGUGUGUGUGUGUGUGUGUGUGUGUGUACAGUGAGUGGAAGUAUAUGUGAAAGACAGAGCACAGUGUUAGCACAAACCACCUUUCUGCUCCUCUACUGUUUUAUUUAUUUAUGAUUGGAAAGGGGGGAAAAUCAGGUGUCUUGAAAGUGUCGACUAAGCAUUUGCCAAAAUUACAAUGGAAGAAUAUGAAUGUGUAGCACCAGUUUUCCACUGGAUUUAACAGACAACAAUUCAAGCAAAACACAUCAUUUCUUGAUGAUUACGCCACAGCUCAGAGCAUCACUGUGCUGACCUAAAACCAACUACAACCAAAAAGAAAAACAAAAUAUUAACUGUGUAGCUUUUCUUUUACACUUUGCCACAUUUAAAUGUUUCUUACAUUCCUCAUAUACAAAGCUUUACUGCAAAUGUUUGCAAAAAUCCAACCAAAUAAUAAUUCAGGUACCUCAUGUUGAGCACUGAACAACAAAAACAGGCAAAACCGGAGCAUUCUUGUUCAUAUUUUAUGUCAUGUAGCGAUGGAAUUCAAAAACCAAACAAACUAGAUCUAUCUGCAGAAACUGUUCUUGAAUUGUAUUUUACUAAGUCAGUGACAUCUUUCAUUGUUUCGUAGUUUAUUUCCUUUUGUAUGUAGUGUAUUGUUCAACACAGGCUACGAGGUGUUAAGAAUUUAUAUGUGAGAGACUAUUUUGAUGAUACUUUUAUAUUCACAUGAUGUAGCAUAUUAAAGAUAUUGUUUCUAUACA